AUGACACUUCCUUCCGUGAUCAUCUUCGAGCCUGGCAAGCAUGAUCACCUCAUACCUGCGUUUGCAUUCAUCCAUGAGGACUGCGUUGAAACAGACAACACUCUGGCAACUUUCCAGCCACCAUUUCAACACCCAAAUCCCGAGACACCUGAUCCUAGAGUUCUCCAUUAUUGGAAGAAUAAUGCUGCUAGAGUCUCAGAAGGCACAAAGGUCAUCUUUAUGCAAAUGGCGGUUUCCGAAGGUGGUCACGAGGAAUUGGCAGGCUAUGUCGCUCUCGCAAGCCAGGCCUGUGAAACAGGACCGUUCAGAGGCAGCGUCGAGAAGCUCUUGGUCAGCCCACGAUAUAGGCGAAGGGGCAUUGCAAAGCAUCUCAUGUCAAAGUUGGAGGAGGUGGCACUGGCGAGAGGAACUACUUUACUGGCUGGCAGUCCUGCAGAAGGCAUCUACCCUCGACUUGGUUACACUCGGCUCGGUGCUAUCCCGAGAUACGGCGUGUCGCCCAAGGAUGGCAGGUUGGUUGAUGAGGUCUUCUUNUACAGGGAUCUCAGGUCGACAUAG